UUUUCUCCGCUCCUCGUUUGAUUUUCCACAGCUGUCUCUCGUUUCUAGUCUUGUUAAGUCCAUGUAUUUAAACCCUUAUGCGUUCCCUAUGUCCUGGCUGUUCAGUUUAUUUGAAUCCGUGCGUUUGUGUUCAUUGCGGUUGUUAGAAAAUUUGAACGUCUUAAUACUUGAAAGCCUGUAUCUGCUUGUUUGUAUGUUUUGUACUCCGUAUCUAUAUGUUUCUUAUAGCCAUCGUGUUUGUUUGUUAGUCUUAGUUCUUCCUAGCGUCUUUAUUAUAGCCUGCUUCCCCAGUUUGCCUUCGGUUCGUUUAUCCUAUCCCUUGUUUUGUGUAUAAUGUAUCCUCGUACUCUCCGUGUUGGCUCUAUGACUAUGGACCGUUAUACCGACUCUGACUUUGGAUUUGCCUCUAAUAAAUCUCGCUCCUUUCCGCACAUGCGUCCGUCGCCCUACCGCUCACCGUUACAGAAUAAACAGCCGAGGGACCGGGACCACAACAGGGUUUAAAUACAUGGAAUUAACAAGACUAGAAACGAGGGACAGGUGUGGAAAAUCAAACGCGAGGUGGAGAAAACGAAAUUACGGAAUGGCGCUAAAGUACACAAGACGGAAAACAUGGAACACAGAAAAGGGAGGGACUAAUCGUGACACUGACUAUGACAACAAAUCGCAAACGAAGUAUACAGUAUCGCUAAUAGUGUAAAUUUUUAAAUAGCUUACAUUUUUAAAAAUGGUUUUCGCAAACAGGAUCUGUUUUCAGUGUAGAAAUCACUGUAAAAUACAGAGGCCUGUUAUACUGCUGUUUAGGUACAGCAGGUCUGGAAUGCUUUAAAUUAAACAUCGUAAUACAGCAAGACUGUAAUUUUAUAUUUAUAUUUCACAUUUAUCGUGUAAAAGAAAAAUAAAUGUAUGAUAUCUUUGCCUCUUGCCUCUAAGUGUCUACAGUUACUUUUAAAGAGUGGGUUUGCUGUUUUCCAACCAAGAGUUCCAUCAUUUAAAAUUGUACAAAGUACAUCCUGUAAUUAACUAUGGUUUUGAUAAGUAUUCCACUUUUCUAAAGUUUUUCGGUGGGUUAAAACAGCUUACUAAGCUGGAAGCUUAAAGCACUUUUGGUUCUUCAUUUAUGUUUUGCUUCAAACAUGUUUUGGAAUGUCAGAUGUCAUUUUUGGAACUAUUUGAAAUUGUUGCUCUACAUCCCAACCCCCUGGUAACUUCCACACUGCAUGGUUGUAUAGGAAAGAGAUCAAAAUUCCAGCCCAGCGUACCCAGCUAGUAUUUUACACUUGUAAAAUAUUUCAUUCAUUGAAAUUUGAUUGACAACAGACUGAAAAUUAGCUAUUACCUCAGCUUUCAUAAACUUUCGGUACAUGAUUCCAAAAGGGUACAGCUGUGGUUGGUGGUAAUAGGGUUGGAUUAAAACUGUUGUAGCAAAACAAGCAUGAUUUUUCUUAAUUUAAAGAUGCAAGUGAUUACUAUGAGUUUUCAAAAAUGGUUUUAGCAACUUUUGAAAAGCUUAAAUGAGUGUUCCAUUUGAUUUUCCUUUAAUACAUUUUACUUGUAUGUACUUCUGGUGAGAGCAAAUCUGCUUUGGGUGUAGUCUCCCAAAGCAAACAAACCUAGCCACUUCGGAGUACACUCUGUGUCAUAGCAAAGAGCUUCGAUGGAACAAUGGACGAGAGAGUUUUGGCUCUGAAAGAAAGAAUCAUGAAGCAACCAAUGCUGAAAAAAGAAAACCUGAACCCUAAAUUAUGGAUUAAAUCAGGGUAUGUCAAAGGUGUCACAGACUUCAUAUUGCCAAAAGAACCAGAGGAAGACACCAGUUUUGAUAAUGUGGAGAUGUUGCUUGAGGCUGAGAAAGAAUACAUCGAAGCAGCAAAGAGGAACGAUGUGGAAGCCAUGAAGGUUUUAGGAAGGGGUGUGAACGUUAAUGCAAAAAACGUACACCAUCGGACUGCACUUCAUUAUGCGGUGGCCUGCAAAAAUGUAGAAGCUGUCGAUCUCCUGCUCAGGAGGAGAGCAAAGCUGGACUUACCUGACAAGUACGGAGUAACUGCCAUUCACCUCGCAGCGUGGUUCGGCAGUCUAGAAAUCCUGAAGCUGCUGGUUCAAAGUGGGGCUGAUCAGAGGGUCGAAACCGAGGAAGGGAUGAACAUGAUGCACUGUGCUGCCGUCAACGAUCACACUGAAAUCGUGCAGUACAUCGUCAAAGACCUUCAGAUGAGAGAACUCGACAAAGAAGACCAUCAUGGCAGCAGGCCUUUUGCUGUUGCGGCAGAGCAUGGCCGCGUGACAAUGCUGCAGAUGAUGAUGGAGGAGGAUUACAAAAUGGCGACCAUGGAAGGAAACCAGAAUGGAGACACGCCUUUGCAUCUCGCUGCUAGGAAUGGUCAUCUAGAAGCUAUGCAGUUGUUGCUCGAGAGCUUUGCGAUCCGUAAUGAAGUCAAUCAUGAUGGGGAAACAGCAUUGUAUCUGGCUGCAGAUGGAGCUUAUGAGGACUGUGUUUUAGCUCUACUGGAAGCCAACUGUGACCCAAACACUCAUACUCUAAACGGGACAAGUCCUCUCCAUGCUGUGUGCGAAAAGGGCCAUACAUCUGUGGUGAAGCUCCUUGUUAACAGUGGUGCUCAGAUGAACAUUCAAAACAAUUACUUACAGACACCAUUCCACCUGGCAGUGAAGAACUGUUACAUUCCUGUGAUCCACACACUGCUGGAGUCGGGCUGUGACCCGAACAUCACAGAUCAUCUGGGUCAGACAGCCCUCCACACUGCAGCAGAACUGGGCAAGGUGGAUGUGGUGGAGAUGAUACUGAAAGCUGGUGUGGAUAUGGAGAUCAAAGACAGGCAGGGUAAAACAGUCCUCGGGGUAGCAGCAAGAGCUGAUGUAGUGAUCAUUGUAGACAUGAUAAUCAAAGCUGAAAGAUACUUCAACUGGAUAAGGUCCAGUGGAGAAGUUACCGAGAGCCUCCAUGAUGAAUAUCCAUUGAGGUUUAAAUUGGAUCACCGCCCUGAAACGAAGCAGGUCCGUGACAUGAUGUGGAACCUGGCUUACAAGAUGCUAAAGAAGAACGAGUGGAAGAAGUUAGCACAGCACUGGGACUUCACUGAGCAGCAGGUGGCUGCCAUCGAGGAGCAGUGGACAGGUCCCAACAGCUACCAGGAGCAUGGAAACAGGAUGCUACUGAUAUGGCUCCAUGGAGUGGUGGUGGCACAGAAAAGCCCAAAUAAAGAGCUUUACCAGGCACUGAUCUCUGUCGGGAAUCUGAAAAUGGCAGAAAAACUAAGGAUGGAGGGAGAGGACACUGGUAAUCGGAAAUGUACAAUUUCAUGAAGCAGUGCAGACUAAAAUAAAGUGAAGCAAAGCUUUAUUUCC